AUGGCCGUCCGUUUGGGCCAGACGCGAGACGGCGCCUCACGGCUGCUGAAGACGGUCGGUGGGAAGCCGCAUGCCACCGGCCAGGAUCACGAGCACGCACACCACAACCAAGACACGCCCCAGGACCGGCCGAGGCUCCACGAAUGCGCCGAGCUGGACCUGACCAGAGAGCCCCAGUCUUCUGGCGACGAGCGCCUGCGGACCCCACCCAAGCCCUCGAGACCCGCGCCCACCGAGGACGCCCUGCGACAGCCCUCGAGCUCCACACGCAAGCGAAAAGCAGAGCCUCCGUCGUCACGAUCAGGGCCAGGGCCAGAACCAGGGCUGAGAAAGCCACCCCGGACGAAGCCUCGCAGCGCUGCAGCCCAGGGUGCGGCCCUUCGAGUGCCCAAGAUCGGCCAGUUCGAGCAGAGUCGCGCAGCCAAGGUGCGACUGGGGGGAGACAAAGAGGACACCGCAGCCUCGGCACAGCAUGUCUGGGGCUUUGGCAUGUCGAGCCAACCCGAGCAGAAGGGGCCAAAGGUCACCUUUGGCCGCGCAAGCAAGACGAAGAACAUACACGCAGCCCCGCUGCCCACGAAGAAGAGGACCAACGACCCCACAAACUACGGGUCGCAGUCCAACAAGAAGACCCUCGCACUCGAGCCCGAAGGCAGCGAGCCCGACCUCUCCACCAUGGGCGACGACGAGCUCCACCACCUUGGCAUAAGCGCCGGCAUGGAACACGCAAAGCCAGAAGAGCCAGGCGACCCAGAGCUGCGCACGGUGGCGCCAGGGAAGAAGAGAAGAAAAGCUCCUCGUACCGACGCUGAUGCUGCUGACUCGUCAGCAAUGAACAAGGCAGAACUCGACCGUCUUCUGAGACCGACACGGCCCGACCAUCUUGACCUGACAUCAGACACGCCAGACUCGUGUCUGCCCGACUCGAGCGCCCCCCAGCAAGAAAUGGACCACAUCGACUCCUACAUGCGCGAACUGCCCGCUCCAGCAGAGGAGGGCACCGAAUGCGCCAUCUGCAACGAACCCGUCACCCAGCAGGACUACUGGCACUUCUGGAAGGGACGAAAGAAGACGGUCAAGAACCAAGCCGCGUUUUGCCAUGGGCACAAGAAAGCCACCGCGCAGAGAGAAUACGACGCCGAACGUCUCCCGCUCAUCCAGUGGGACGAGCUGCCCAAACGGAUCAAGAAACACCGCAUGUCGCUGCACGGCAUCCUCACCGGCGACGUCGCCAGCACCUACCGCGCGCGCUACGAGCCCCUCGCCCUGACGGGCAAAGCCGCCGCCGUACCCUCGAAGCGCGCCGACCUGUCCCCCUCCAAGCAAGCUCAACUCGCCUCGUACGCCCUCGACGACAACGCAGUCUACCCGGGCUACUACGGCCCGCGCGGCCGCCGCCUCAUCACCGAAUCCGUCAUGGCUCUCCUGAGCAAACCAAUCCAGCGGUGCAGCGACCCCGUCGUGCAGGCCUCGGGCCCCGCUACUUUUGUCCAGGCCGUCCUGGUCCCCGAGGUGGCCAUUCGACUCAUCAUGGAGGACUGCCGCUGCGACUGGGACGCCGCCGAGGAGCGCAGAGAGCGCACGUUUGACAUGGGCCUCCUGCUCAACGAGGAGAUUGAGGACCAUGUCGACGUGCCCGAGACGCUGGGAGACGAGAGUGAGGGGGAGGAGGAGGAGGAGAAUGACCAUCAUCAUUGA